GCGCCCCGCCCCGCGCAGGCGCGCUGCGGAGGGCGCGCGUUUUGGUUGGGGCCGGCCGCUCGGUGGCGGCCUCGCUGGGCGCCUGGUCUCCUGCGUUCGGGCCGAGGCUCGGGGCGCUCUCCCCCGGGGGCGGUUCUCUUGACCCGGGUGGCCCGCGGGGUGGCCGCGGGAGGCCUCGCGCGGCCGCGACGGCGAGGACGGCCGGACGGAGCGGCGCCUCGCGCUGACGCCGCGGGUGGACUCCCCGCGCGGUGUAAGUCCCCCGCCGGCUCCUCCCUGAGCCCCGACGGAGCGCCCCAGGGCAGGGUCCGCGUCGAGGACGCUCGCCCCGCCGUCCUCCGUUCAACCCCGCUGACCCCCGGCUGUGCGGCUGCGGCGUACGUUAAGCGUUGGCGAGCCUCGUGUGUACGGUGGAGCCCGCCACAACUCACACGUGAAAACAGACGUAGUUUAAGACACGUGCUCCAAGUCACUGCCGAAAGGACACAUCCUGCAACCACAGUGCCUGGAAAAUGGCUUAGCUGGGAAAUAGCUUAGCCGCUCAAUCUGUGCUGAUAGCAUCAAGAAGUAUUGGAUCCAUGGUAAAGUACAUGGUUUCUCACGUGGAACUGGUACUUAAAAUCUCACGGUGCUCAUAGUCAGCAGAGCUCUCUCUGAGAAGAUUCCACUGGCUCCUGAGAAGAAUUCGUUUUUUCCUGUUGGGUGCAGCCUAACUUGUGACAUGGAGACUUCCAGCCCUAGGUCUGUGCACCUGGGCGAAUGGCAGAAGAACUACCUCGUAGUUACAUCCAGUACAUGUACACCAGGACAGAAGGCAGAUGCAUACCGUGAACAGAUACUACGCAUUCAGUAUGCAUGUGCCAACUCCGAGAUCUCUCAGGUCUGUGCUACCAAACUGUUCAAAAGGUAUACAGAAAACUAUUCUGCAAUUAUUGAUUCUGACAAUGUUGAAACUGGCUUGAAUAACUAUGCAGAGAGCAUUUUAGCUUUGGCAGGAUCUCAACAGGCUGACAGUAGCAAGUGGCAGUCUGGGUUGUCAAUAAAUAAUGUUUUCAAAAUGAGUAAGGUACAGGAGAUGAUGCUAGCUGGGAAGAAGUGGAAAGAGUCUUUGUUGAAACCUGCUGAUGCAUCUGUAGUUAUUGGUAAAGAGCCCACUGUCUCUGAGCUUCCUAAAUUUAAUGUUUGUGGAGGCUCUGGAGAGCGUGACUUCUUACCUGGUUCAGUUUAUGACACAGAUAGGACCCAAGCCAUCUCAGGCAGCAGUCUGGGACAUUCGAAGUUUCAGAGUGCUUUGCAGCCUACGGCAACUAAUACCACUAAGACUUGUCCCACCUCCUCAACACCUUUAGGUGAGUCAGCCACUGGAACAUUUCACACUACACCACUAUUUGGAAAUACCAAAAAGGAAACUCACAGCUUUCCUAAAACCAGCACAGGACCAAAUAAGUUCUUAUCCAGUCUGUCUUCUUUUCCUGCUGACUGUGAAAAUCCCCGAGAAAGGAAGGUUUUUUAUGGCUCUGGCACCAUUGACAUGCUUCCUGAUCCAAUACUGAAUAAGGCUUCUAGUAAAACAGAAGACAGUGACCAAAGGGAAGAUAAUAGUCUGCCUACCUUUAAAACUGCAAAAGAACAGUUAUGGGCAGAUCAAAAAAAAAAGUGCCACCAAUCCCAGCAUGUAUCAAAAUCUUCAUAUGGUGGUGUAAAAAAGUCUUUGGGAGCGGGGAAAUGGAGAGGAGUAUCUGGGAAGUUUGUUCCUCCUGUAUCUAAGGAAGAUGGAGAUGAGCAGGGUGAAAGAGCUAAGUGCAAGCCUAUGAGGGCAGAGUCCACAGAAACGGCACACCCUGUUGAUGACCACCUGAAGAAUGUGGAGCCAAAGAUGAUUGAACUUAUUAGGAAUGAAAUUAUGGACCAUGGGCCUCCAGUACAUUGGGAAGAUAUUGCCGGAGUAGAAUAUGCCAAAACCACAAUAAAGGAAAUUGUUGUAUGGCCCAUGAUGAGGCCAGAUAUCUUUACUGGAUUACGAGGGCCCCCUAAAGGAAUUCUGCUCUUUGGCCCUCCAGGGACUGGUAAAACUCUGAUUGGCAAGUGCAUUGCUAGUCAGUCUGGAGCAACAUUCUUCAGCAUCUCUGCUUCAUCUUUGACUUCUAAGUGGGUAGGUGAGGGGGAGAAAAUGGUCCGUGCGUUGUUUGCUGUUGCAAGGUGUCAGCAGCCAGCUGUGAUAUUUAUUGAUGAAAUUGAUUCUUUAUUGUCUCAAAGAGGAGAUGGUGAACAUGAAUCUUCUAGAAGAAUAAAAACAGAAUUUUUAGUUCAGUUAGAUGGAGCAACCACAUCUUCUGAAGACCGUAUUCUAGUGGUGGGAGCAACAAAUCGGCCCCAAGAGAUUGAUGAGGCUGCCCGGAGAAGAUUGGUGAAAAGACUUUAUAUUCCCCUUCCAGAAGCUUCAGCCAGGAAACAGAUAGUAGUUAAUCUCAUGUCCAAGGAACCAUCUUGCCUCAGUGAUGAAGAAAUUGAACUGGUGGUGCAGCAGUCUGAUGGGUUUUCUGGAGCAGAUAUGACACAGCUUUGCAGAGAGGCUUCUCUUGGUCCUAUUCGCAGUUUGCACACUGCUGACAUCGCUACCAUAAGCCCAGAUCAAGUUCGACCAAUAGCUUAUAUUGAUUUUGAAAAUGCUUUUAGAACUGUGCGACCUAGUGUGUCUCCAAAAGACUUAGAGCUUUAUGAAAACUGGAAUGAAACAUUUGGUUGUGGAAAAUGAACACAGCGAUUGAAAGGAGAAGCUGGUAUCUAAUAGUAACAGUCCUUUUACCCUUAGCAUAGGAAGCUUGGAGUGUGCUACUUGUAUUGUGGAGUAUAUCCUGAAUUCUAUGCCUCAGAUUGGAAUGAUAACAGCUUAACUACUGAUUGAUAUAUUAGAAUGUUGUAUAUGUCUCCCAGUUAUUAUGUGACAUAUAAGCUCAUUUCAUUGAAAUAGAAUGACCUUUUAUUUAUGAGUUCAAACUAGAGCUUUAGUUUUUAAUAAUAAACUUGGCUAGUGUAGUUUGGCUUACAUUUGAAACAGCAUUGCUUACUUGGUUUAGAUAGAGUUAAGAUCCUACCAGAGGCACCAGAAACUAAGCCACAGUAAUCUGUAUUGGUUUCUAACCUGUUUUGUGGGUUGUUUUUUUUUCCUAUCAAAUUAACUGAUAAAAACAUGUUUAGAAAUAGCAAGAUGUAAUCUGGCAUCAGGGAUGUAGUAUCUCCACUCCAAACAGAAGAUGUGUGUUUUUCUCUAGGGGUCUGGCAUGUUUUCCAUUAAUAUUUCAUCUGAUACCACUUCAAAACCUAUUAUUUCACCCUCUUUCAAAACUAAAUGUUUUAAAAUUGUAUCAUUUUGUUUUGUAAAACAUGUUUAUUGUAGAAACUUCGGAAGACAGAAGCAAGAAGAAUAAAAUGUAUUGUUGGUUUAUUACCA